GCAUUGAAGAUGGGUCGAACCAACAUGUGUUGAAGUGUGAGAGCUGAUUGGCUCCAUUCACUGUAGAGUCACAUGUUGUUGAGAUCAGAGCACAGACUAGAGUCACUUCUAGGAAACAGAAACUCACUCGGUCGUCGACACUGAGAGGAGAAAUGGAGCAAAAAGGAGUUCAUCUGGACAGAGAAACCUUCUCUUGUUCCAUCUGUCUGGAUCUACUGAGGGAUCCUGUGACUACUUCCUGUGGACACAGCUAUUGCAUGAACUGUAUUAAAAGCCACUGGGAUGGAGAAGACCAGAAGGGAAUCUACAGCUGCCCUCAGUGCAGGAAGACUUUCAUACCGAGGCCUGUCCUGGAGAAAAACACCAUGUUAGCAGAGUUAGUGGAGCAGCUGGAGAAGACUGGAUUCCAAGCUGCUCCAGCUGAUCACUGCUAUGCUGGACCUGAAGAUGUGGCCUGUGAUGUCUGCACUGGGAGGAAGCUGAAAGCCUUCAAGUCCUGUCUGGUCUGUCUGGCCUCUUACUGUGAGAAACACCUCCAACCUCACUACGAUGCAGCUCCAUUAAAGAAACACAAGCUGGUGGAUCCCUCCAAGAAGCUCCAGGAGAACAUCUGCUCUUGUCAUGAUAAGAUGAUGGAGAUUUUCUGUCGUACUGAUCAGCAGAGUAUCUGUUAUCUCUGCACAAUGGAUGAACAUAAAGGCCAUGAAACAGUCCCAGCUGCAGCAGAAAGGACUGAGAAGCAGAAGGAGGUGGAGGUGAUGCUACAAAACAUCCUGCAGGGAAUCCAGGAGAGAAAGAAAAAUGUGGAGCUGCUUAGACAGGAGCUGAAGGCCAUCAAAGACUCUGCUGAUAAAACAGUGGAGGACAGUAAGGAGAUCUUCACUGAGAUGAUCCGUCUCCUCCAGAAAAGAAGCUCUGAUGUGGAGCAGCUGGUCAGAUCCCAGCAGCAAACUGAAGAGAGUCGAGUCAAAGAUGUUGAGGAGAAGCUGGAGCAGCAGAUCACUGAGCUGGAGAGGAAAGGCUCCGAGCUGAAGCAGCUCUUAAACACAGAGGAUCACAACCAGUUUCUACACAACUACCCCUCACUGCCACCACCCAGUGAGUCUACACACUCAUCCAGCAUCAAGAUUCGUCCUCUGACGUACUUUAAGGAUGUGAAAGCAGCUGUGACAGAGACCAGAGAGAAACUACAGGACAUUCUGAGAGAGACAUGGACAAACAUCUCAGUGACAGUGACUGAAGUGGGUGUUUUACUGCCACAACCAGAGCCAAAGAGCAGAGAUGAAUUCUGGAAAUAUUCACAUGAAAUCACACUGGAUCCAAACACAGCAAACACACAUCUGUUAUUAUCUGAGGGAAACAGAAAAGUAACAAGAAUGAAUCAACCUCAGUCUUAUUCUGAUCAUCCAGACAGAUUCACUUAUUGGAGACAGGUCCUGAGUAGAGAGAGUCUGACUGGACGUUGUUACUGGGAGGUGGAGUGGAGAGGAAGAGAAAGAGGAGUUCAUGUAGCAGUCGCAUACAAGAAUAUGAGCAGAGCAGGGAACUUAGAGGAAUGUGGAUUUGGAGGUCCUGUUUCCUCCAGAGUAGGAGUGUACCUGGAUCACAGAGCAGGUCUUCUGUCUUUCUAUAGAGUCUCUGAAACCAUGACUCUCCUCCAUAGAGUCCAGACCACAUUCACUCAGCCUCUCUAUGCUGGACUUGGUCUUUUUCCUGGAUCCUCUGCUGAGUUGAUUAAAGUCAAAUAGACAGAAGUCUCUUCAGGGACAGUUGGUUAAAAUGUGUCUUCUAGCCUCCAGGUGGUUUGGUCUCCAUGGUUGUAGCUGAGAGCUCAUUGUUGUGUCGUGUCUUCAUUGCUCAGAGAUCAGCUGUCCAUCACACUUUGUGGGCGGUACUUUGUCGUCUCCUGCUUUGUUGUUUGCUUGAUGUUGGACUGUGUUUGGGUUUUCUCCUUCCUGUGUCUGUUUAGCCACGGAGGCUCUCACUGCUCACCAUGACUUUGAUUCACAUAAACUGACAUUUGUCCACAUGACAAUCUGAACUUGUCUGAGCUCUGGACGUCUCAUCAACAUUUUUGUUGAUGUGUUUGUAUGUUGUUGUUUCUAAACUCACUGAACAAGAGUCAUUGAUCAGACUUUACUGAUUUAAUGGGGAACAAACUGAAGCUUCACAUGAUGAAUAAAGCUGCUGUUUGUCACACAUGAACAAAUGACCGUCUCCUGUCUUGAUGGGAUCUCAAACAAAGCUCUUGUAGAAAAUGUGGAGCUAAGGUGAGGAGACUUUGACUUAGACAGACUUUAAUGAUUCACAAGGGAAAUUACUUUGUCACAGGAGCAUCGUUGCACACAAAAGUAACACUCUUAAUAAUGGAGUUAACAGUCACACAACUGAAAUUACAAACCUCUGCCAGAUGGAGGAGCUAUAAGAUUAUUUUCUGAAGUCAAACUGAAUCUUGGAUGAAGUUUCACAAUAAGACUAAUUUUUAGUAAUUUUGGGGUUUUCAGUAUUUUUUUUAAUUCAGUUUAUAUGUUUUUCAACACUGAAACUCUCGUAGGCUAAUGUGAUAAUGUGAUGGACCAAAGUAUCUGAAAAAUGCCGAAAUGUUCACCAUCAAACUUCACCACUUACUGCAUUUAGAGUCUAGUGGAACAAAAUAUGUUUAACUUAGAACAGGAAGUGAAUUUUAU